CAUCAUUAAAGUUUCAUCCCACCAUCGUAUUAACCAUUUUUGCUAGUAAAGAAUGGUUUCGCGGAUGGAUUCCGCCAUUUAGGCUUCGGAAGCCUACGAAUGGGAUAUCAGUCGACCUGUGUGCGUGUGCGGUGAAAGACAGUAACCUCAAAAUGGCUACCAGCAAAAGAUGAAGCUUAAUUGAAGGACUGUAGUUACAAUUUUCUGUUGUCGAUUCCGUGUGAAAUUGUUUUGUAUUUGUUUUUGGCAAAAAUGAUGCAUUCGCUAAGUGUUAACUCCAUGGUGCUAUCGUAACUGAUUAAAGCAAUGCUGUAAAAUGGGGGGAAAAAAAUCCCAGUACAGACCGUGUUCAUUAAAGCAGUGAUUCGGCAGCAUCUUAAAUGACACGGCACCUGCUAAACGCAGCCCCAGCCGGAUCGAUAAUCGGGCCCAACCAAAGCGUCUCUUCCACAACCAUGGCGAACCAGCAGGACGUAGCACAUUUCGGACACAGCGGGAGUUUAUUGUGCGAACAAAAUGUUCAACCAUGUGACGCCAUUUAUGUUGGUGGAAGAAAAUUAGAUCAUAACACGAAGCAGCACGACGAUAAACACCUGCGUUUAUUCAUUGCGGAUGGAAGCAUCCACUGCAUCUUAUACCAACAGAUAUUGCCAAUAGGCAGCAUGUGAACACCGCUCCACAAACAAAAGAAAAAUCACUGAAAAGUCUUCCAAAAUGAAACCUUCAAACAAUAGUUGGGAUUUGAAGCUAGUGUGUAGUAAAAUUAGUCUCAAGUAGUCGAUUGAAGCGCUAAGAUAUAGAAAUCAGGAAUGUUUCAACUUCCUGUGCGACGUUCAAUAUACAAAUCAACUGUCUUCCAAGAAAGUUGUUAAGUUAAUAGAUAAGGUUGUUGAUACUUGCAACCCACGUGAUAAAAGCAAUAUUUAUCGAUAAAUCACCGUCUUCCAAUAAACGCAUUGAGUUUUAACAACAAAGACUCUAGUAUAAAAUCUUAAACUGCUAAAGCUGCUUAACACAAAAUUGUCCCUUCAUCAUGAAGAAGAAACUAUCACCGGCAACAAAGUUUCGACGCCGUUUGGCAGCGAUGAAAAAGAAAACCAACAGCAAUGGCGGUGGUCAUUCGUUUCCCAAUCGAAAGCUGCCGAAGGAACAGUUCUUCGAGCAUGACGUACGCUACAACGUGGAAGAUAUGGCACCGCAGGACAACUUUGAGAUGGAGAUGGAUCCACCGGACUCUUCCACUAAUCCCGAAAAUGAAACACAACUUCCGAACGCUCCAAAUCGUCCAUCGGAUAGUACAUUGGUGGCUUCCCUAGGUGCUGGAGUUGCUUUUUCGCGCUCCUCAUCACAAUCGACCGUAUCGGAUCAUGACCGUGCGAUGGGUGCUUUAGGUGGAUCGGAACGAAAAAUCAAAUCAGCCGUUCAAGUGAACGAUAUGAACCUGGCCCCGAAUAGAAGGCAACCGCGUGCUAUGAAGAGCUCAAUAUUUGGACGUAAAAAGCGAAGACCUAAUAAUGCGCCAGAGCGCAGUACGGUGCCAUUCAAUGGGAUGAACUGGAACAGUCGAAAGAUGUUGCUAAAGUUACAAAAACAACUACAGCUGCAGGGUCUCUGUUUGUCUUCUCUCCCGGUGGAGGCGAAAAACAACGAACAGCGGCAGAUAGCAAGUAUGCUCAAUGAUACUGGCAGCAGUUCUAUCGCCGGCAUUAUCAAUGAUGGUGGCAGUGCCGGAUGCCAUUGCCAUUGCGCAUGUGCAACCGAGCUUCCGGUGAGUAAAGACACCGGCGAAAGCCACGAACCACACGGACGGACAAGAAGCGGUUACCUUGGGGAGGAUGUUUGCAUUACCAGACCGACCGGUGUGCGAAUUUCCCGACCACGAUACCAGCCGAACCACGUUCAGUCGGCGACAGGACAUCGUUCUCAACGCUAUUACCAACACCGGCAUGGUUUCGCUAGGGACCUUUCCAACGCAACCGAUGUGUUGACGUUACCCUGCGGUGGAAAGGCAAGAUCGUUUCAACACCUUCGAGAGGAUUCUUCCUCACGUUCGUCGUCCUGUGGACCAUCGGAAGUCGUUUCGUGCCAGGUUCGGAAACUUUACCGUCGUUCGCACGAAGAACCAUCCACAGUUUCGAAAUCGCAAUUUCUCAAUCAAGAGUCAAUCGCUGGGUCCUUUAAUUGUCCGAAUCGGAAUCAAUAUCAGGAACCCAUCACGCAUCAUUGUAAUAGCUUCCAACCGCACCUUCUUCCCCCUCACAUGCCGCAUAAUCAUCAACAUCAUCCAAAGUUCUGCAUUCGUACCUCGUCGGCCGCCGCUGCUGCCGCUUCAAGAACCACCGCCGCCAGCAUUCCGAUUUGUAUGCAAGCAAUGCAUAGCGUUGUGAGUGUACGAGAAACACAUCACAUCGCACAGGCCCAACAGGAGAAAAACGCCAAACUGCGCGAAGCGUUCGGCAUAUCGCAGUAUUUCGUCGAAGGUACAAGCUUCGACCAGGAUCGCAAGGCUAAGGAAGAUCUCGCCAAAUCGGAAGCCCUGCAAAAGGAGCUGGCGGAAAAGGCGGAAAAGGCGAAAGAGAUGGAACGGGCCAACAGGAAACGGUACGCACUCGUACGCACGCCAUCGCCGGAAACGGAUGCGAAUCGCAAUGGCGGCAAACAGCGACGCGGCGGUUCGAACGAGCGCGAGGAGGGCGAACAUGAGGACGACAAUGACGAAGAAAACGGUGAUGGUGGAAGUGACGGUGGUAAGGUGAAUUCGAAAACGGCCGCUAGUGGUGCACUGCGUCGCGAUAAGGAGGAGAAGAAAAAGAAAAAGCGAAAGGCACGAGACGUAUCUUCCAGUCCAGAGCGCAAAAAGGAUAAAAAGAAGAAAUCGAAGAAAAACAAAAAAGAAAGAACGAAGAAGAAACACUCCAAGAAAUCUCAUCGAGACGAAGACAGCGAUACGUCCGAUUCGGAAUCUGAUUCCGAUUCCAAAAGUGAUGCUUCCUCGGAUUCGGAACGCGAGAACAGCAGCAAGCGGAAGAAAAAGUCCUCGAAGAAGGAUAAGAAAAAGAAAUCAUCCAAAAAGAAGAAGGCAAAAUCCCGAUCACCAUCGCGCAACAAGUCACCCGACACUUCUAGUAAAAAGACGUCUGUGGAAGAACAAAAACAGCAAGAUAAACACAAGGAAACUUCAUCCGAGACAAGAAAUGAGGAUCGAAACAGACGUUCGAUUGAUCGCAAUGCCGGGCGUAAGGAUCGUUCCAACAGUCGAACACGUAACGAUGGUCAUCGGACACGAGAGUCUAGUCGGGAACGGGGUAACAAUGUUCGCCGAGGACCAUAUCGUCCAGACAGAUACGAAGAAAAUCGUUUCGGUGUGAAUCGAGUUGAGGGAAGCUACUUUAAUCGCUAUCGUGAUCGGGACCGUGACAACAAUUGCGUUGCAGAAGACCGUCCCCGUCGUAGUCGUUCGAAAAAUCGACGCCGUGACCGUUCUCACGAGCACGAGCGCAAUGAUAGAUCACAUUCUCGCUCGCGGUCCCGCUCAGGAAGCCAAAGACGGCGUCCAAAUCGUUCUGCUGCGCGAGGAUAUAGUGUAGAAAAAUCGAAACACGCUAAUAAUCGCCGCGAACGAACACCUCAAAAGCAGACGGAUCUUGACAAAAAUCGCGAAAGGGAUGGUGAUCGUGAAAAAGGUCGCGACCGAACUAGGGAUCAAGAUACCGACCGUUCCCGCGAUAGGGAACGCGAGCGGCGACAUGAUGAUCGCGAAAGAGGCAGGGAAAAUAAUCGCGAACGCGAACGCGACAGUAACCGUGACCGUGGCCGAAAUCGUUCACCAAGUCCCAAAAAGAGGGAAAAUCGAUCACCACCGCGUCGUCAACAGCAAGAGGAGCAAGCUUCUAAAAAGCGUGAAAAAUCGCCACGUCGUUCACCUGAUCGUAAAUCCAAAACAAAUACGGUUGCUAGCGAAUCUAAGCAUCGUAAGCGAUCUCCAUCUCCGAAGGCAGCAUCAUCUAGCCAUCAGUCUGUUACAAGUUUGACGGAUAAGACCGACAAAUUAGCGCAUCAUCAGCACAGUUCUCCAAAAGCAGCUGUUAAGAAGGAAUCUACAUCAUCAUCGGAUGAAUCAGAAUCAGAUUUGGACUAUUCGCCUGCCAGAAGACAUCCGGAACGUUACAGCGAUAUACUGCAACGUAUCAAGUCAACCGGUGAAGCCAAUGGAGAAGAUCACGCCGAUAAAAUGUCGAGGAAAAACAAUAAACAGCAAGCGUCGGCGAUUGCCUCGUCUUCUCCACGCGAGUCUCGCAAACUGGAACGAUCAGUCAGUCCCGGGCGGGAGAGAUCCGACAAGAAUGUGACGGAGGAAAGCAAAUUCAAGGAACGUCAUUCUUCCAAAAGCCCUCAUACUCAGAGAGAUCGUUCUCGUUCACGCUCGAAACGUCGCAGAUCGACAUCGACUUCCCCAAAGAAAAAGGAUACGUCCCGAUAUGGAUCACCAGUCAAUGCAAGGAAGCGAGACAAACCUGUUUCAACUCCAGCUGAAUCGCAUCCUUCAGCAAAAUCAUCGGAAAAAUUGUCAAACUCGUCGUCUCCCUCGUCAAAGCAAGCAAUGUCACGAUCUCGUUCACCUGAGGUGAAAAAACAUCGCCAAGAACGAGAUUCGCGGAAUCAAUCGUCACCCGCUCGUACCACGAAAACAACCCAAAAUGAACGGGACCUAACAGAAAGUAGGCGCCCUGAUACACGCAGUCCCGAGAAAAGCGAUUCAAGAAAAGCUAGAACAAAAAAAUGUUCCACUGCUGCAGUUUCGUCUUCGGCAUCGUCAACAAACGUCCCCACGGCGGUCGUUGUUCAGCAGCCCGUUGUGCAGCUACACUCUCCCGAAUCGGAACAUUCCCAAUCCGAUAGCGAUGAGCGACAACCGGAGCGUAAGAAAAUGCAUCCUGAUCGUGACGACCUGGACGCGUUCCUUCCUAUUUAUGAUGAAAAUAGAGAACAGGAGAAAGAUCUAACCUUGCUAAAAGCUUUGAAACAUGAUCUAGCUGCGAAAGCGAAGCAAAGUUUGGAGAAGAAAAAAUCUGGCUCCGAAGGUGUUGGAAGCAACAGUGCCAUAGCGAUAAAAGUUGGACUGUUGGGCAAACCGGUCGACACGGCCUCUGGCGCGGAGGUGCGUAUCGGUGAGACACGCGAACGCGAAUUGCAGCUUUUACAAAGCAAACAGCACCAGUCGGCUCAGCCUAGCACUAGCAAAAUGGAACCAACAAAACCAAACGUUUCCAAUGAGAAGCAAUCGGUCGUUUUAAAAGCAAACAAUCCUUCUUCCGAUGGAGUCCAGGAGGAUAGCAGCAGUACACAAAUGAAGAAGGAUAUUCACGAGAUACUUAGCACGGUCGGUGCAUGUGCAGUUGCGAACGGCUCGGAAGUCGCUGCCAGUCUGGCGAAGACGACAAUCUUACAUGCGGUAGAUAGUAUACUGAAGGAGAAAAUAUCGGGCACUGCAAAGGAGAAACACACCGGAUCCGGCAGUAAAACUCGUGCUAGUACAAGAAGCAGCCGUUCGAGAUCGCGCUCUCGUUCUCGCUCACGUUCGCAUAAGUCUCGUAGCUACAGCAGCUCAAGCAGCGGUUCUGGUAGCUCGCGCUCACGCAGUCGAUCCUCUUCGUCACAUAGUCGCAGCUCUUCGGAGCGUGGCAGUAGCCGCUCGAGAAGCCGCUCCAGUAGCCAUUCGUCACAAUCUUCACCGCGAUCGCGUACAGCAUCGCGUUCACCCUCGAUACCGCGCCGCGCUGGGUCACCUUCGUUCCUUGAUCGGCGCCGUAUCACCAGUGCACGCAAACGUCCGAUACCGUAUCGGAGACCGACGCCAUCAUCUCCUUCGAGUGGUAGUAGCUACCACAACCGUGGCAGCCACUCAAGAAGUCGUAGCCGUAGCAAGAGCUAAACAGUUGAAUGCACCGAACUUUUCAAGAUCUUUAAAUACGCCUCAGUCGUUGUUGAUGGGGAUAUAUGGUCACCGUCAGCUAUACACACAAACACCACCCAGUCGAUGGUCAUCCUAUUUACAAUUCGUCCAUCUCAGGAUAACGUUCAAAUAGAUACGAUGAUUAGGUAUCUUCUAUGAAGUGUGCACCCUACAAUGGCAACAAAAAAAACCGUAUUCAACAUCCAAAGUCAGCUUGAAUUCUAUACGCGUCAAUCAAUCCUGUACAUUCCAGACGAAGGAUGUAACGUUGAUCCAGCGUCCUUUGAUCAUAUCAUACAUGAUCGUGUCAUUUCAAUGAAAUUAUUUAGCCACAAAUAGCACCGUAGGUGUAAAUUACAGAAUCUCACAGAAAGGAAAAGGAAAGCAAUCGCAAACAAAACGUUACACCACUGUUGGUAAAAUUGCUUUUAAAGUACUACUUUCUGUCAUAUUAGUUUUGCAAUGCCACAAAUGCACAUAAAUUUAAUUUGGUAGCAGGUGUUUUUUUUUCGAUGAUUGCAAUAUUAGUUAACAUAAUUCUAGUCGCAUUAACAAAAUAUUUAUUUGUCAAUUUUUUUAAAUAUUUUAAC